CCGAGAGCAGAUUCUGCCUCUGCUAUGAGGAGGCCGUGUGUGUUGGUGUUGUUGGUGAGCGUCCUGCUGCGUCCGGCGGAUCUGUCGCCGGUGAUCCGCUGCGCUCCGUGUUCUCAGGAGCAGCUGGACUCGUGUCCGGCCGUGUCCCCGGACUGUCCCGAGGUGCUGCGAGAGCCGGGCUGCGGCUGCUGCGUGUCCUGCGCUCUCAGGAGAGGAGAGUCCUGCGGCGUUUACACGGCUCCCUGCGGCGCCGGCCUGCGCUGCGUCCCCAGACCCGAUGACCCCAGACCGCUUCACUCGCUGACCCGGGGCCAGGCUGUCUGCGCCGAGGAACACCGGACACCAGACGAGCUGGACAUCACGUCUGACCAGGACUCCCUGCAGUAUCUGCUGGGUCUGAACCGGCCCCUGGACCCGCAGGACGCAGCGGAGGCUCAAGAGAGCAUCAAGGCCAAAGUCAACGCCAUCCGGAAGAAACUGAUCCAGCAGGGUCCGUGUCACACAGAGCUGAAUGCGGCUCUAGACAUUAUCGCUGAGUCUCAGCAGACAUUAGGAGAGAAGUUCACCAGCUUUUACCUGCCCAACUGUGACAAGCACGGAUUCUACAAGGCCAAGCAGUGUGAGACGUCUCUGCUGGGCCUGGCUCCUCGCUGCUGGUGUGUGUCGUCCUGGAGCGGGAAGAAGAUCGGUGAGGACCUGGUGUCUGACUCUCAGUGUCAUCAGGAGCUCACGCACUGAACUUCUCACCAUAUUUAUUCUUAUCUAUAUGGUUCCUAUGUGCUCAAUAUUUAUGAACUAGUUUUUGACAAAGACUGAAACAAACACUAGAAAAAUGUUUUUCAAACUCCACCUCAGUGAGAUCCAGAUCUGGGUCUUCAUAAACUCACAGAUGAAAUCUAUACGCUCCACGAUGAUGUUUAUUGAACAAUAUGAUAUGUUUUGAUGAGUCUUCAUCAGUCUGUGGUUUUUCCUGACUACUUUUAAUUCAGUUAUAACAUCUCUGCAGUAUAAUCUCCGUCAGAGGAACUUGUUUGAAUGCUGAUAUUAUUCAGUGAAAACAGUUUUGUUUUCUGUAAACUCAGAUUUAAUUGCUAUAUUAUUUGACUAUGUAUUUAAGCCAGAUGUCUACCUCAUAUUAGACAUGACGUCUUUAUGGACUCCCUGAACAUAUUUAAGAGUGCUGCUCUAUUUAUUCUGAAACUAUUAUUUUAUUGCAUAUAAAUGUAAUGUAAAUAACUUCAUGAGUUUAUUUCAAUAAAGUGAGAGAUUGUACAGUUUGAA